UAUAUUUAGCUGUUGGAAGUGGGAUGCGUUAUGUGUUAACGUGACGUAAAACAGAGUCCAUUCUGCAGGAAAGAUUAGAUCUUAUAUUUUGUUUUAUUUGUGUUAUUUCCAGCCUAGAUUAUAUGAGAAUUCGUUUCUUUUGUGUUAUUUCCAGCUCAGAUUUUAUGAAAAACGAGUUUCGUGUUAAAAGUAGAAAGUGAAAUUCGUGCCCCUAAUCAUGACGUUUUCUUUGGGUUUUUGUGCAGUUAUAAAUUCUGGGAAAGUAGUUGGAAAAAGCAUGUGUUACGAGGUUGUACAGGUUAUUUGUUUUGUUUGUUUCUAGUUGUUUCAGAGACUUUCAGUAUCUCAGACCAUAUAAUGCCGAUGUGCAGGUUAUACAUAUAACUUUUUCUCAUGUGGGUUUAAAAUUACAGCUAUGUAAAUGAAAUGAGUAGUACCUAAUUCAACUAUUACUACCGAACCAGUCGAAGAGAAUGCGGUACUGGAAAUUAUUGCACGAAUUGAUGUUAUCUUGUGGUCUGACUGUAACAUGCAGAGUACAGAGUAGAAAGGUGAUUUGGAAAGCGUUGUGACGGUAGUUGAAGUGGGGAAGUAGGCCGCAAAUCAUCGUGUAUCCUUUUGUCGUUGCUGUCAAAUGCAUUGCAGCCGUGGAAACCUUAACCUUGACCAUACGAAUGGUGAAAGCAUAGCUUGGAAUAGUGAAGUCUAAAAACCGUGUGCGAGUUUGGAAUAAUCAUGGCCAUAAGAACAGAGGAGAGAAGCUCGCUAGAGUUCGUCUUUAAAUCCCUUUUUGCGGGAGGGGUUGCCGGAAUGUGCUCCAAGACUGCAGUAGCUCCACUAGAUAGAAUAAAAAUUUUACUUCAAGCCCAUAACAAGCACUACAAACAUUUAGGUGUGUUCUCUGGUCUGCGGCAUAUUGUUCGAAAGGAGGCAUUCUUCGCUCUGUAUAAAGGCAAUGGAGCACAGAUGGUGCGGAUAUUUCCUUACGCUGCCACACAGUUUACAGCAUUUGAGCUAUAUAAAAAGAUGCUGACUUCACUGUUGGGCAGCAACUCGCACAUAGGCAAGUUUUUAGCAGGUUCAGGUGCUGGAGUCACUGCUGUAACACUUACAUAUCCUCUAGACACCAUCCGGGCUCGUUUGGCAUUUCAAGUAACAGGAGAACAUGUGUACAGUGGAAUAGUCCAGACAGCAUUAAGUAUAUUCAAGGAGGAAGGAGGGCUUCGAGCUCUGUACCGUGGUUUUGUGCCAACAGUAUGUGGAAUGAUUCCAUAUGCUGGUUUUUCAUUCUACUGCUUUGAGAUGCUGAAAUAUAUAUGUAUGAAGUACAUGCCUCAAGUGACCUGUGAUAGUUGUUCACGAAAUACAGGUGGACUAGUUCUUAUGAUGCCUGCAAAGUUGCUUUGUGGAGGUCUGGCUGGUGCAGUGGCACAGAGCGUAUCAUACCCAUUAGAUGUAACAAGGCGUAGGAUGCAGCUUGCCAUGAUGAAUCCAGAGACGAGAAAAUUUGGUGUAGGGAUGAUCAGUACAAUUGUCCUCAUUUACAAAGAGAAUGGUGUGUUCAGGGGUCUGUAUAGAGGUAUGAGCAUCAAUUACCUGAGAGCUAUUCCAAUGGUUGCAGUGUCCUUUUCAACAUAUGAACUUUUGAAGCAAAUGCUUGACCUUGACACAGGCAUGAAACUUUAAAACUGGUUGAAUUCAUGAAGAGGCUGGAGGUGAGGUCUCAAACAGGGCAUUAACAUGGAAAGAAGCAUGAAAUGGAGUCUGCAAGAGAGGGAAUUUCAUUUACAGCUAAUUCUGUUCUUAUUGUCACUGUUUUGAAUGGUCAGUAGCACCUUAUGUGUAACCAGUUUCUCAUUUGUUUCUGGUUUCUGUUGAAUUAGAAUUUAUAAAAGGUUAUUUAAGUUGUAGCUUUAAAUCUACAUAUAUGUUAUGUGCAUGUUAAUCUUUCAUUGAGAUUCAAAGAUAAAUGUCUAAUUAUAAGUAUAUAGUUCAAGUUACCAGAUAUUAUUUCUUCCAUUCGUAGCUUUGAAAGGACAUACUCAGGAUUAGAAAUUAUACUGUGGUCAGCUCUUAUGGUUAUGAUGCAUUGACAGAAUAAUGAAUUGUGGUCUUGUCUGAGAAAAAUAUGCUCAGAAAAGAAUCAGUUUUCUUUCAUGCCAUCAAUAAGAAGCUGUAGAGAACUUUCAAUUAUUUAUGUAUUUGCUGCAGUUAAUAGAUACUUGAUUCUUUUCUACACUAUCUUAUAAAUGAAAGACUGGGUAAAUGGAGAAAGAGAAGUUUUUACAUACAUUUAAGAUAUGUAUGAUACAUGCAGCUUGAAUGAAAUAUGCAUUAGUUGUUAGAUUUUGACAAAAUGUUAUAUGAAUAUUAAUUUAUGUAUAUUAUUGUUACUCCUAAAUUGAGGAUUGGACAGUAUGUUGUGGAAAAGUACACGUCCUGAAAAUAAUACUUUUCAUCAUUUAAGAUUUUAUAUAAAUGUCAGAGAGAUGAGAAACUUGCAGGUUUCUCAUCUCUGUUGAGAGUUAUAUCCUCCUUAAGUAACAGAGUACAUAAAAUUAUCUGGCCACCUGUGUAGCAGAACUCUAUCUUUAUAAGUGCAUGAAAGUGGUUUUAAGUAAUUGGUCCAUUUAGGUAGAUUUUAAUGAUAUGAAUAUGUAACAGGCAGAGUGUUAACUCUAAGUGUUUGAACGUCUUGAUACUGAAUUGGCAUUUGCUUGAUCUGUCCAUUUUUACCAACAUGGCCUAUGUGAUGGCCAUGUUUGUGUGUAGGCUACUAUAGACCAAUGUCUUUCAAUAUGGACCAUGUGUCUGUACAUACCUUUGUAAAAUAUUUCAUAAAAACUGAUACACUCAGCUCUGAAAAACUUUGAAUUGAGUGGAUAGUAUGUUAAUCCAUUUCAUGCUGUUGAUCUGUAGUGGUGAUAUUGACAGCUCCUUUAUGCAGUAAUCCAACAUCUUGAAAGCUAUGCCUUUAGGUAUUAUUUUUUGUGUGUUUAAAAUGUUAAUUUCCUGCUCUCUGUUGACAAGUUCAGUGAACUCUUGUGGCAAAAUAGAGUAUUUAUUUCAUGCAUCAAAGCAGUAGAAUUUUUAACUGUGAAAAUAAAACUCAGCAUAAGGCUUCUUGCAGCAGCUAUGCAACUUGGGAUUUUGCAGGUCAAUCAUGUCUCAAUUUAUUACGAGUCGCUGAGUUGUGUGAUGACAAUACCCUUAUUCAUUUUUUGCCUUCAAGAUUGUGUUCAAUAUUUGUGCAAUAAUUUCUAUUUCUUACUCCAUCUGGCCAUCAGUCUGAAAGUUAUGUGAAAAUGCACAAUUUCUCCUUAUUAUAAUAAAUGUUAUAAUUCAGGAGAAUUAUGUGUCACAAUUAUCACAUUUGAAAUUCUCAACACAUUUCAGUGUACAAAGGAAUUGCUAUAUACUAACACCUUUUCCCUUCUAGCAGAAUGUAAAUCCUAUGAAAAACAAGUUUGCAUUAUUUGCCAUUGUCAGCAUCUCCUUUUGAUGAUGACUAAUAGUCAAAUUAAUAUUAUUUGUGGAAUAUAAAUGCAUUUAUUUGCAGUACACUGGAUUAGGUUUUUAGCCAGUCAUUCUGCCUCUUAGUACUUAAAUUCAUCUCUGAGUAAGAAUUUUAAUAUACCUCAAACCAAAUGCCUUCCACCACGGUUGUAGUCAUUACAGUAGUGAUAGUAAAACAAGCUGUGAUUCGCAUACAGUAAUUUAUUUUCACUUGCAGAGGUACAGAAUACAGGAAGAAUUAUGUAAAGAUUACUUAGUUGUGCAGUUUUGACAUAUCUCUCUUUGGGGUAUACAUUUCUUAAAAAAUGAUAGAGAAGUUGUCAGUUUCCAGUUUGUUAUUUUUGUUGUUAAAAUCAGAGCAUAUAAUAAGACUGUCAUUGCCC